AUGUCUGGCUUUGGCUCUCACAAACAUAAGAAUCAGAUACAUCUGGUGCCGGGGACCUUGCCCUGCACUGCCCUGUUUUCUCUGCUGUUCUUCCCUCUCUUCUCCAAAGGGAUGAAUGUCACCCAGCCUGCAGUGGUAUUGGCCAGCAGUCGGGGUGUUGCCAGUUUUGUGUGUGAAUUUGGAUCUUCUGGCAAAGCCUCUGAGAUUCGGGUGACUGUGCUACAGCAAGCUGGGGAUCAGAUGAAAGAAGUCUGUGCUACCACCUUUAGAACUAUACAAGAAGAAUUGCACUUCCUAGAUGAUCCCACUUGCACUGGCACAUCCAGUGGAAAACAAGUAAACCUCACCAUCCACGGGCUGAGGGCCAUGGACACGGGUGUCUAUUUCUGCAAGAUAGAGCUCCUCUAUCCUCCCCCCUACAUCUUGGGCAUGGGCAACGGAACCCAGAUUUAUGUCAUUGACCCUGAGCCCUGCCCAGACUCCGAUUUCCUCCUCUGGAUCCUUGCUGCUGUCAGCUCCGGCUUGUUUUUUUACAGUUUCCUUCUCACAGCUGUUUCUUUGAGCAAAAUGCUAAAGAAAAGAAGCCUUCUUACUACAGGGGUGUAUGUAAAAAUGCCCCCAACAGAGCCAGAGUGUGAAAAGCAAUUUCAGCCUUAUUUUAUCCCCAUCAAUUGA